UCCGGAUAAGAUGGCGGCGCCCGCAGCUCUGUGGAGACGGCUCGGUGGUCCCGGGCUGAUCGCGCUACUCGCUCGGUUAUGUAACCGUAACAGGAACCACAGGGGCAGGACACCACUGGUUCUCCUUGCUCCACUUCUAGCUCAGUCUGCCCCCCAGAUAACUGCAAAAUACCCAUCUCUGGGCUGCGUCAGCCCCCAUGGGGCUCAUCAAUUCCAAUGGAUUGGAAAUCAGGUUCCAGAAUUUGGCAUCUCAAGCUCAAAUGUGAAGAUUCUUUCGACACCAUCUGAUUUCUACGAGACCAUGAAGGCACAAAUAAAAACAUCCAAGAAACGCAUUACAAUAGCAUCAUUAUACCUAGGGAUUGGGCCACUGGAGCAGGAGCUGGUGGAUACUCUAGAGGAGACCCUCAGAUGCCUAGACUCCUCGGACCUUCAUGUCUCCAUCCUGCUGGACUACACCAGAGGAUCCCGGGGUAGGAAUAAUUCUCGCACAAUGCUGCUUCCUCUGCUGCGCAGAUUCCCAGACAAUGUACGGGUUUCUCUUUUCCAUACCCCUCACCUACGUGGCCUUCUGCGUCUCCUGGUCCCAGAGAGAUUUAAUGAGACCAUUGGAUUGCAACAUAUGAAGAUUUACUUGUUUGAUGAUAACAUCAUUCUUAGUGGAGCGAACCUAAGUGACUCCUAUUUCACAAACCGGCAAGACCGUUAUGUACUAUUCCAGGGCUGCUCUGAACUGGCAGAUUUUUUCAGUGAUCUUGUUGGAGCAGUGUCGGAGGUUUCUCUGCAGUUACAACCAGACGACACUGUUCAGGCAGAAGAAGGAAUGGAGCAUCCAUAUGAAGGUGAUAAAACAAAAUAUUGUGAAGCUGCCAGUGAGAAGGUUAUGGGAGUAAUAGAAGAUGCCAGACGCCGGCAAUAUGAAAAGCGCAGUACCAAUUUCCAGAGUGAGAGAUCAGCUUCCAACAUAGAACCGCCAGAUACUUGGGUGUACCCCCUGGUGCAAAUGAAACCUUUUGGAAUUCAGAUAGAUGAACUAGUCACAGAAACAUUGCUAACAGAGGCCGAAAGAGGAGAUCAGCUGUAUCUGACCACUGGGUACUUCAACCUAACACAGGGAUACAUGGACCUGCUUCUUGGCACAAGAGCUGACUAUAACAUCCUGUUAGCUGCCCCUGAGGUUAAUGGCUUUUUUGGAGCCAAGGGUAUUGCAGGAGCCAUUCCAGCUGCUUAUGUACAUAUAGAGCAUCAGUUCUAUAAUGAGGUUUGCAGGCAUGGUCAACAAAUGAGGGUUAAGCUACGAGAAUACUAUCGAGACCUCUGGACAUUUCAUGCUAAAGGUCUGUGGUUCUACUCAGCUGGUGCAGAUCUUCCAUGCCUCACUCUUAUUGGUUCUCCAAAUUUUGGUUAUAGAUCAGUUCACAGGGACUUAGAAGCCCAAAUUGCUCUUGUAACAGAAAACGAGGAACUGCAGCAGCAGCUUCAUAAGGUGAGAUUGCUGUUUGGGAGGCAGAUGUCCUCUUAUCCAUAAGGUGAUCAUACUUGAACAGAUAUUAUCACCCGAAACGUCACUUUGUACGAUAAUACGAUGGUGGAAGACGAGGCGACCAAUAUAGGCAAACGACUUGGAUAUCCAUCUCGUUGAUCAGGGGUGAACCACCCCUUUAAAAGACUGCUGUGAAACCAGAAGAUGCUCUGGUUCUCUCUCACAUCUAAAAUCAUUCUUAAAGACAUAUUAUCUGAUGCCAUCGGGUGUGUUUUGCCAUAUGCAUUUUUUUUAGUAAUUGUUUUAGUAAUCAAAUGCUGGAAUAUCACCAUACCUCUCAGCAGUCAUGAUUUCUGCAGGGCAGUCCCACUUUUCAUGUAAAAAAACCCACAGACCUGGAUUGCAGUUUCAAUGUCCUGCUCACCAGUGUUGGUUUGAUAGAACAGGAGAAAUCAAAGAUGGCCAUGCGUUCCACUUCAUAUCUGGUUUUUUUUUUUUUUUGUUUCUUUUUACAUUUUUUAUAUAGUCAUGAUAUUUGGGAUAUGGCUAAAUUAUGGGUCAGGUCAAAGACUCUGCAUUAAUAACCCCUCCCUUCUGCUAGGUACAGCCCUUUAUCUUUUUAGAUAAAGACCAGCUCAUUAAACAGAAGCUUCCUGGUGGAUAGCUGGUUUCUUUUUAUUUGUAGUAUGUAGAAUGUGGCUUUAGUUUCAUUUUCAGAUGUUGCCCUUUUCAAGAAAUCAACAACUAUACUGUAUAUUUUUUUAAAUUAAAAGUACAGGUAGAAAGUAUGUUCAGCACAACCCUGGUUAUUGAGUUAAAGAAUAGGCAGGUAUGAUCUGAAACCUCCCUGUAUAUGUGCUUAUUGACAAUAGGGGAAUGUCACUAUUAACACUGUAAAUGUCUGAAAAGUCACACUUCAUAGUGCCAUGACCCUAAAAUUUAAAGUGGACAUAACACCCCGACAUAAAAAGCUUUAUAAUAAAAGUCCUUUUCAAAUUAAA